AUGAUAAAUAAUGUAGAAUUAUUAUCCAAGGAAAUAUCUGGCAAUUUCAUGGAGAUCAACUUAUUGGAUUAUCUUAAAAAAAUUAAUGAUUAUUCAGCUAAGUUAGGAGUAUCAAUCAAAGAAGGGUUAUUUUUUGCGUCUAACACCCUUUCUUAUUUUUCCAAGAAUCACAAUGAAUUCAUCAAAGGAUGGAAAAAUGAUCUUGACUCUCGAGGGAAAAUCAAUAAUCUAGCUAAUCCGCAUUUAAAUUUUAUUGAAGAAUCCAUCAAAAAUUGCAAAAAAUUUGCUGAUCAAUUUAGUGAAGUUCAUGAAUUUCUUAACAGUGGAAUUAUUAUAAAACUUGAAGAGGCACUUCAGAAAAUUGAAAAUAAAACGGAUAAAACAAUAUAUGAACAAACGUUGGAAAAAAAGAACAAGAUCGACGAAUGGGUUCAAAAAUCCAAUGAAAUAUUUCAUAUUAGAAAUUAUCGAAAGAAAAUAGACGAAGGAAACGCUAGUUUAAAAGAAUUAAAUGAAAAAGGAUAUAAAAAUUUGAUGAUGGAUCGUCUAAUUGUCGAAUUGAAAUGCGUUAUAAAGAUGCGAUUAAAAAUUUUAAAAUUAAAAGAAGUAUCAGAUUUUUGGAAACGAAUUUUCGACGAAUUUCAAAUAAACAGAGAAUUAAUGAAGGAAAAUGUAAACCAUGGCGAAUUAUAUGUAAAAGAGUAUGCAAUUGAUCAUACAAUUGAUCAUUGGGCAAAAAUUGGAUACACCAUUGAUGCUUUUUUUACAAAUAUAUUAUGCCCCCAUCGUUAA